AUGGAUCUUCUGAAACCACCAACCCUGAGCGAGAUUGUUCAAAUGGAUCAACGGAAGCAAGUCAAGUACAGAGACCCGCAUUCCAAGAACCAAGUUUUUCCCCCUGGUGACUCUGUUAUGGCCCGGAGUCACCAGAGUAAGGAAAAGCAGCUUCAUACUCCCACCAACCUGCUCCUCCUCUCUCUCGCCGUCUCCGACAUCCUGGUGUGGCCUGGUCAGAUCUAUCUCAGAACAUCCUGCUGGGCUUUUGGCGACAUAGCAUGCCUUUGCUAUCAGUUUGUCUCCUUCAUCAUCGUGUCCACCUCAAUGGGAAACAUGGUAUUGAUAUCAGUUGAUCGUUACUUUGCCAUUUGCAGUCCUUUCCACUAUAACAUCAACGUCACUUUGAAUAGAAUCCAACUUUGUGUUUGUCUCUGCUGGUCCUUGUUGUCUCUGUUCUGUGGCUUUCUUUUGAGGGAUUAUCUAGCUCAUCCGGAAAAAUUCAGGUCCUGCUAUGGGGAAUGUGUUGUUCAUUUAAACAUGAGUAAUGGGAUUAUUACUAUGGUUUUGAUUUUCCUCCUCCCUCUUAGCAUUAUUGUCACACUGUACACCAGAGUGUUUAUGGUUGCCGUGUCUCAGGCGCGAGCCAUGCAUUCUCACGUCACAUGCGGCAAAGUACAGAAUUUAGGGGCAAAGAAAUCCGAGCUGAAAGCGGACAGGACUCUCGGUGUUCUGGUCCUCGUAUUCCUUGUCUGCCUUUGUCCAUUUUAUGACAUAAACUUUUCAUUAUCUGCAUAUUAUGUUGUUUACCUGUAUAAUUUCAACUCGUGUGUGAACCCCUUGAUUUACGCCCUAUUCUACCCCUGGUUUAGAAGAGCUGUUAAACAUAUUGUUACUCUGCGCAUACUGCAGACUGGCUCCUCUGUGGCCAAAGUGGUGUAG